AUGUAUAGACCAUAUUACAAUCGACCCCAUCACAGGACCUAUUCGAUGGGACCCUAUGAAGAAAGGCAAGUACAUGAUUCACAGAGGAGGUUGAACUCACUUUUCCAGUCACGGAUAAGUCCCAGGAUGGAGAGGAUUAUGAAUCAUCAUUAUCGGUUCACCAGACCUUGGAGCCCUUAUGACCGAUGGGAAAACCAAGCCUUGCCAAGUCUCUUACCAUCUUCUGGGAAUUUAACUCAUUCAGUUUACCCUGACCCUUCACCAGAUUACCAUAGUAUUGAAACUGCUCUGGCAGAAGAGCAGGAGGAACAAGGCGAAGUGGAGGACUAUCCAGAUGCAUACCUGAAUGAUUCUGCUGUAUCAGGAAGUUAUUACUAUACAAAGGACCACCCAUCAGAUCCCAGAAAUGAUAGUGGUUUUGGAUCUACUUCUGAUACUCCUACAUCUCUCCCCAGAGGCCGGAAUUAUACUCCUUUAGCCAGUGCAGGGAAUGGUAACCCACCAAUAAAAAACUGCACAGCUGCGUCCAAUUCCAAAGAUUUCAUUCCCCUUUCCAGCUCGGCAGCUGCUGAGGAUGAAGGUGAAGAUGGUGACAGUGAUGACGAGGAUACAGGUAUAGGUCAGUUGUUUACAGAGGACUCUGCAUCAAGUGCUGGACCCAGCGAAAAUCAUCCUACAGACACAUCAAACAAGCCUUCAGUCAUGUAUGCCAACGAUCCAAAUGCUUAUGAUGUGAAAAUUCAGAAGCGAUUUUUUAAGUGUGAUUUAUGUGACUUCAAGGUACCUAACUCCGGAUUAAUGCAGAAACACUUUCGAAAUUCUCUACACACUAGUGCUGCAGAGAUAAUGGGAUCUCAGGUAGAAGAAACUUUUCAUUGCAAGUCCAUCAUAGAUCCAGCGGCAGUGCAUAUGCAUGCAAAAGAUAGAACCGGUGUGUCUGAUUUAGCUAUCAUGUGUCCUAUAUGCUUUAAGUACUUUUCCACAAUGUACCUGUGUGCCAAACAUGCAGUACAGGAGCAUGGUGAAAAUGUUUAUGGUGUAGGAAAAGUUACUGGGCAACAUUCAACCUACAUACCAAUGAAUUUACAAUGCCUUUGCAAUGAGCAGUUUAUUAAUGACUCAACACUUAUAAAACACAUGAAUACAUGUAAGCAUUUCCAAACUGCACCACAAGCCAACAUUUCUUUUCUCCAUGUGUGUCCAUUUUGCUUUCAGAUAUUUAUUGAUUUCAAUUCAUUACGAUCUCACAUUCGGAGUGAAGGAAAGAAACACAAAGUACCCCAGAUUAUCGAGAUCAGCACUAUCCAUGUGGAGCAUCCUACCAUCAAAAAACCAAUGCUGCCCUACGCUUGUGGUCCCUUGUUACAAGACACCUCAGAAACACGAGUGAUUUAUCCCCACGACAAGAAGAAAGCUAUGAAGGCCUGGAGAAAAAACAAAAAUGUCACACUGGGUGCCUACCAUAAGAUGAACUCAUGUAAAAAAGCAAAACUGCAGUGAAUCAUGAAUCCCUGCUGUAAAAAAAAUGGUUGAGUGGCAGAAGUAAGGAUGAUAGUUUUGUCUUGUUUCUUUGAGUUCUCCCGAACUGAAAUGGUAUUUGCAAGAAGUGGCAUACUUCCUUUGUGAAACAGAAGUCACUGUGUUCUAGAUUCCUAUGGAGCUGUCAAUUUUUACAGAGAAUUUUAUUCAUACAAAUGAAAUUUUAUGAAUAGUUGUUUAGCUUCAUCUGUAUUCAUUAUGAAAGAUUCCAAUAGAUUACAGCCAAUGUACAUUACACAUUCAGAUUUAAAUUCCAGUAUCCUAGUGUGAAACAUCACUGUCACUUAUAUAAUUAUAUAUAGUUACUUUAACACUACAGCUUGGAAUAUUUUUUUAAUAAAAUUUUGUUAAAUUAAUUUUAGAAUCAUUUACCAACAGUAAGUCUAGGUGCUUAAAGCUGAUUCUCAUGUUUGAACAAUUCUGACAUGCUUCAAUUACAUGUACGAGAAUGAGUUGUCUGUACAUUGAAUAUACAAAUGAAAGGUUAUUCCAUUGUGUAUGUAUCAUAUCUAUUCAUUAUCAAUUUUCUUCUUAGAUAUUGUCUUGUUUUUAUCAUCUAUGAACAAAACUUUUUCACAUCUUUAUAUAGAAUUACUGUACUUUUUCUCCUUUUCAGUGUUUUAACCAAUAUCACCACUCAUGACCACUGUGUUAAUUUUAAACCAUUAUAUUUUUCGUGAAUAUCCCUCAGUAAUAUGUCAGUAUAGCAAAACAAAUAAAAAAUACUGGGUAUAUUGAAAAUAUUGCCGUACAAACAUGACAUGAUUGCUAUAUGUAUAAUGCUUGAAAUCAAUCUACUUUCAAAUUUUUGAUGCAUUCUCGAUGUAAAUUAAGUAAAAUUUUGUAAAUAGAGAGAGCAUAAAACAAUUUAUUUUAAUAUUAAUCAAACUUAUAUUUCUUUAUUUCCCUUCAAUUUGCAAAUAAAUUGAUAAGAAUUAGUGAUGAAUAAUGAGUAUUGUACAAAUAUUGCAUAGAUAGCACAAGCUUCAUGAGAGAUGUUAUUUUACAAAAAUAAAUUGGAUGUAUGCAUAAUCUUACAACUACAUGUAUCUUAUUUUGCAUGUUUUGUUCUAUAUUAUAUUACCAUAAAACACAGAUCAUUUGAGUUUUUCUAUAAGAUAAUAAUAGCUCAGUUUUUGUAAGGCCAAGAUUAAUAAAUAGUGUGUUUCCUAUUCCAUCCUGAGAAAAAAUAGGAUAGUUAGGUGGGAAAUCAUUUUAUUUUAUUAUAACAUUUUAUUGGCAAGCACGCUGCCAUUUUC